CAGCACGCAUGCGCGGAUUAACCAGGAAGAGCAAUAGUGCAGCUAUGUCUAGGAAUAAAGAGGAACAAUAAGUUUGACUGCAUUCAGAUCCGGUCCUAGCCAUGGUGCGCUGCCAGUCCUGCACCAGGCUGUGCUCCCGCUCCUCGGCCUACACUCUGGCCCUCGGCCUGGGCUUCGUAACUUUGGGGACCAGUCGCAUCCUGCUGCUCAAAUUCUCUGCCAAUGCUGAGAACAAGUAUGACUUCCUCCCUGCAUCCGUCAAUCUACUUGCUGAGUUACUCAAACUGCUCUUCUGUCUGGCCAUGUCAGUUCGGGUCAUAGUCAAAGAGGGUCGAUCAUGCAGAGAUCUUGGCUUUUCUUCCAGCUCCUCCUUCCUCAAUUCCCUGAAAUGGGCUGUCCCUGCUUUCCUCUACUUCCUAGACAACCUCAUCAUCUUCUACGUGAUGACUUACCUGCAGCCUGCCAUGGCAGUGUUGUUCUCCAACUUUGUCAUCCUGACCACAGCUGUACUCUUCAGACUUGUUCUGAAGAGGCGCCUGUCCUGGGUUCAGUGGGCAGCGUUAUCUGUCCUCUUCCUGUCCAUCGUUUCUUUGACGACGGGAUCAGGGAGCAACCAAAACUCCAUCGCUCUGCCAGGUCUCCACUCAAACCCGCUCUCCACCCCCUCCAACUCCUGCCUUCUCUACACACAGCUGCUGGAGCAGAUGAGGAACAGCAGUGCCAGUAAAUCGUGGGUGUCGUCCCUGCCCGGGCAGGCCUGGAGGGACAGGGUGGUGGAGAAGCUUCGCUCUCUGGGUGUGGGUCACAUCCUGCUCGUCCUCCAGUGUUUCAUCUCCGCCAUGGCCAACAUCUACAAUGAGAAGAUCCUCAAAGAAGGAGACCAGCUCACUGAGAGCAUCUUCAUCCAGAACAGUAAACUGUAUGCCUUUGGUGUGGUGUUCAACGGUCUGACCCUUGGGCUCGGCAGUGAGGCACGAGGCCUCACCGAGCACUGUGGCCUCCUCCAUGGACAUAAUGUGUACUCUCUGUGUCUGGUGCUGGUCACUGCUGCCCUGGGUUUAUCUGUGGCCUUCAUCUUAAAAUUCAGAGACAACAUGUUCCACGUGCUGACGGGCCAGAUCACCACUGUUCUGGUUACCGCCUUCUCGCUCUUCCUCUUCGACUUCCGCCCCUCGCUGGAGUUCUUCCUCCAGGCUCCCACGGUCCUGCUGGCCAUCUUUAUCUACAACGCCAGCCGGCUCAAGGACUUGGAAUACAGCCUGCAGCAGGAAAAACUGCGGGUCAUCAACGGAGAGGUGUUUGAGAGGUCCAGAGGGGACGGCGAGGAGCUGGAGCUCCUGACAAAGACCAACACAGACAGUGAAUCCGAGGAAGAGUCUUUGUAGUGCCGGGUCUCUUACGAGACGGAAGGUUUUCUUCUUCACUGCUGCUAAAUGCGAAGCUGCUGUAUAGACUCGUCCUCAUGGUCGCCGAUUCCAUCUGUCAACGCUUUUAUUUCAAUGACUGUCUGCAGGUAAAUGUGAACAAUGGAUUGUGCGAUGAACUCUUGGAUAACUAAGACUAUUGUGUAUAUUUUGUGCCUGUCUAUUUAGGAGUGCUGUCGUGUCAGUAAUACAUUAGCGUGUGUGCCGGUAAACAAUCCUCGCUGUAGUUGCCGUUUGGGAUCAUUAAGGCCUUCUGUUAUGGAUAAUUGAUGUCUUCUAAUGAUUCCUGUUGUAUGUGCAGCUAUUUGGUGAUCGAUGGGUUUAAUGACCAGCAGCCGUACUUCACACGCUUUUAUGAUUGUAUAAGGCUUUAUGCUUGUUUUUGGCGUCGUUGGCAAUCUAUGGUCAAUAUUUAAACAAUGUGAAAAACCGAAGCACCGUAUUCCAGCACAAAAUCAUAAAUUAUAACUUCAGAAACACAUUAGCAGACAACAGGAUCGAUGUUUCCACUACAGUGUACAGAGCUUUCUAUUUUUCUGCUCACUCAGUGUUUUGUCUUAAACUUGAACCAGAGCUACGAGCAUUUACACAAUUCACAAGUUUGGAUGCCUGAACUUCUGAAAGCACAACAAAGGCUCUUGGUUCUCUUCAUUGGCCUUGAACAUUACUUUUUUUGGUCAUAUGGAGGAAUAAUGAUGUUGUUCAACUGUGAAAUGCCAUGAAAUAUAUUUCUUUUAAGAUUC